GCGCUGCCGCCUCUACAGUCGCGACGGUCCGGGCCGCGGUCGCCCAGGGACUUUGAAUAUGUCAGGGAUUGCCCUCAGCCAACUUGCCCAGGAAAGGAAAGCUUGGAGGAAGGACCACCCUUUUGGCUUUGUGGCUGCCCCAACAAAGAACCCUGAUGGCACGAUCAACCUGAUGAAUUGGGAGUGCGCUAUCCCUGGAAAGAAGGGGACUCCAUGGGAAGGAGGCUUGUUCACACUGCGGAUGCUUUUCAAAGAUGACUAUCCGUCCUCACCACCAAAAUGUAAAUUUGAGCCACCAUUGUUUCACCCAAACGUGUAUCCUUCUGGCACAGUGUGCCUGUCCAUCCUGGAGGAGGACAAGGACUGGAGGCCAGCUAUCACGAUCAAGCAGAUCUUAUUAGGAAUCCAAGAACUUCUAAAUGAACCAAAUAUCCAAGACCCAGCUCAAGCAGAGGCCUACACAAUUUACUGCCAACACAGAGUGGAAUAUGAGAAAAGGGUUCGAGCACAAGCGAAGAAGUUUGCCCCCUCAUAAGCAGCGGCUCUGUGACUCCAUGACGAGGAAGGGAUUGGCUUGGCAAGAACUUGUUUACAACCUUUUGCAGAUCUAAGUCGCUGCAUACAGUUACUAGUCGCCUGGGAGGGUUGAGCGGGCGCCAUUUUCCAUUUCCGCCACUGGCAUAUACAGUCUCAAUUCGCUGAAUUGCCCCAGUUUUUCAUACAGGGUCUCUUCCUUCAGUCUUUUGUAUUUUUGAUUGUUAUGUAAAACUUGCUUUUAUUUUAAUAUUGAUGUCAGUAUUUCAACUGCUGUAAAAUGAUAAACUUUUGUACUUGGUAAGCCCCUAGGAGCUAGUUUCUUUGCGCUCGGAUGCAGGCAUGCUUCCCACUGUUCAGAGCUCUGGCCUCCAGCUGGCUGUAUGACAGAACCACACUGUCCCUCCCUCCCCACCCUCGACCUCCUCAGAAACCUGGGCUGUUGCUUAUGAGCCUCAGAUCCAAAGUUGGCCAGCGUCUCCAUUCUGCACCACUUCCUUUGUGUUUAUAUGGCGGUUUGUCUGUGUUGCUGUUUAGAGUAAAUAAACUGUAUAUAUA